CAUGUUCCCAGCAGCGGUGGACAGCCUGCGUGUGUCCCGCACAGUCCCCGGGCGCCGCACGGACUCAGUGAACAGGCGUGUCCUGCUCAGUCUCCGCGCAGGAACAUUUUGUCCUCUCUGAAGCAUCGCCGCUCCGAACGGCACGGUUCACUUAGAGCUGCUGCUUUUAUACCACCCGGUGCUGUAUUUUGUUCGUCUGACACUUCAACACAGGAGUUUUAAAAAAUAAAAAAAUAAUAAUCAUAAUAUAAGUUGGCUCAAACGCGCGCGCACGCAGUCCGGAAGCGGAUGCGUCUCGUGUGAUGACGUAGUGACGUUGGCUCUGACUUGCAAAAUGGAAACAGCAGCUCGCAGGGAAAACACGCCUGUGGGUUUUAAAAUUUUGUUUUUGGCUACAACAGUGACAGCAAGAGCCACGGCGGGUCUGAUGCCGGCACAGCAACCGGAUACCCUGUGAAAAUGUUUCCAGUGCAGCGCAGUGUUCGGUAGGAUGAUCAGGAAUCACGAAGAAGAUGAGUUUAUUGCCGUGCGGGUCCAAGACCCCCGCGUUCAAAAUGAAGGCUCCUGGAAUUCAUAUGUGGACUAUAAAAUAUUCCUUCAUACCAACAGUAAGGCCUUCACAGCCAAGACGUCGUGUGUCCGCCGGCGCUACAGUGAGUUUGUCUGGCUCAAGAAGAAGCUUCAGAAGAACGCUGGCUUGGUGCCAGUCCCAGACCUUCCUGGCAAGUCCCUCUUCUCCUUCAGCAAUGUGGACUUCCUGGAGAGGAGGAGGAAAGGCCUUCAGGUCUUUCUGGACAAGGUGCUGCACAUGACAGUAUGUCUGUCCGACAGCCAGCUCCACCUCUUCCUCCAGACUCAGCUGCCAGUUGGCCACAUCCAGGACUGCGUGCAGGGCCACACCCCUUACACUGUGACGGACGCCAUCCUCACCUACGCCUCGUCCAAUCGAGGCUUGGCUCAGGCUCAGGAGGAUGACCUAAUCAAGGAGCCCAGUUUGACUGCAGUGCCCUAUGAGUCUAUGGAGAGCCCAGCUCCACAUCUACCUUCCCUACAAAAUAAAGAGACCUCCAGCACUGGACUGCACUCUUCAAGUGACGCUGACCCUCUUGAGAGUAUCGCUGAACUCCAUGAUGGAGACACAGAGUUACAGCUCAGCCACUCUGGCAAGUCCUCCUUGAGGGUCCUCCAGAAGAACAGCCAUCUAGAGGCUGUCAUUGAGCAGUACAGCCCAACAGAGGUUUCCUUUUUCCUGGGGGAAAGCCAGGAUGACCCAGCACCGGAGGGGCCUGGACUUGCAGAGCAGACUUCGCAGAGGGGUUGUCAAAUACAGACACCAGUAGAGGUACACUCCCCCAUGGGGGUUGGCCCUGAGGACAGCUGUGGUUUGGAACUGGAGGGGGUGAUUGAGGAGGACUGUGUGGAGACAGCAGAGAGACAUAUGACAUUAGAUAUAGCAAAAGAGACAGAUCCUAGAGAUCAAAGUGUUCCUCAUGGGGACACCCAGGAGAAAGCUGAUCUUGGGGAGACUAAUCUGGAAGCGCUGCGCUGUGAGCCAGAGGUUCCGGAGCAGCGCAUCUGUUCUGACAGGAUUCUAGAACAUGUCUCCUCCGAGGAGAUUGGCUCUGGGGAGAAGGUUCUAGAACACCACGCGCAUUCCGAGGAGCCAGUUUUAGAAGAGAGCUGCUCUGAAAAGCCAGCUCUACAACACCAUGUCAUUUCUGAGGCUGAAGCUGUAGAAAAUGUUAGCGGCUCAGUGGAGGACCACAUUUCUGAAGCUGACUGUCCAGAUGAGACUCGGAGCUCAGAUGGACAGAUGGACCCAGACAGUAAACAAAGUGAUGACCCAGAGAGCACAAAUGAGGAGGCACUCUGGUCAGCAAUUAGUGAGACACACAAUGUGUACAGUUCAUCAGAGGUAGAAUGUGAUGGCGAUGACACACUUCAACAUGUUCCUCCAGCGGACCAAGAUCAAGUUAAACAAGACGUACAUUUGGUCGGGGCUAAUAACAAAGAGGACAGUGAUGAGGAUAGUCAAUCACUGCCAUCCUCAAAUGGGAGUAUUGCCAAGGUCAGUGAUGAAGAAGUGCUCUGUGAUGAGAAAGAGGAGACUGUCCAUAAUGCAAAUGGUUACAUGAAGACUUCUGAAGAGGCCACUCACUCAGAGUCCAGCAGCAGAGGUGUGUCAGAGCUACAGAUGAACGGAUGCCCUGUAGAGACAGAGAGCAUGUCUGACGUGCACAAUGAGGAGACCAACAGGGCCAUGGACACGAAGGACGAGGACCUUCCAUACAUGACUGACAUCAGUACCUUGACUAAAAGUCUGGAGUCAGCUGGGUCAGCAGGGAGUGCAGAUUUGACUGAGAACAGUGACUUUAACAUCCUAGAGAGCAACUGUACGGCUGAAUCAUCUGAUAGGAAAUGUACAGAUCAGGUUACCCUGUGUUCACUCUCUUUAGACGUCUCAGAGGACAGCCAUGAAGGGGAAGUCCAUUAGUUUAGCAGCUGAAUGGCACCUACACUCUCAGCCAUGAAACAGCACAGACACAGCUAGAGCUGCUGCACACUCACUGAGCCUGAACAAUGGAUAGCGGCGAUGUCCUUUGCCAAAGACACAUUCGGUCACGCACACAUGCUCUCAGUACAUAUUAGGCAUUCUGUCCCAUUCAAAAAAAAAAAAAAAAAAUCAUAGAUUGAGGCUCAUUAUUCAGCAUCUUCAGAAUAUAAAGGAUCUAGUCUCUAAGAGUUUCAACUACAAAGUACCUUAACUUUUUAAAGCUGUGCCAGCCAUCAUCCUGUGGGAAGACCCACCUUUUUUUCAAAAGGUGUGUAACUAAUUUUAAAAUGAAAUUCUUCAUAUACACUUACUCACAAUGUUGGUUCUGUUUUCCCUUUUGCUUCUCCUGGUUCCACUGGUCUGAAAUUGACAAGAGGGCUUUGAACAGCAGAGGGUGCUCAUGUUCACAAAAAGAUGCAGCAUGCAGGCUCAUUUACAAGGGCAAAAAAAACCUACAACAACCGAGUUUUGUUAUCAUAUAGGCGCUGGCCUUUUCACUGUGUGAACAGAUUGAUAUAUAUAUAUUUUUAAAAUCAAACUGUCACUCAGAAAUUAUGGAUGAGAAAUGAGAAAUUAUGUUGUUUAUUUUAUUUUUUAUUGUAUUUUAUUUUAUUUUGUCUAGACAGUCCUGAUUAUUUUAUUUAUUUUUAGUACGUUUCAACUCAGAAAUAUAAAGGUGAAAUUAAGUCACGGGUACCACUAAGGUCUCCUUUCUCCUUUCUGUCCUCAUUGUUGGCAGUGUCCAUAUUUGAGGACUGGUGGACCAUUGAUUAUUACACCAUACGUUGUAAAAAGCAAACCAACCAUCGCUAUAACUGUGCACAAGGGAUAUCUGCUUUGUUUUUCUAAAUGUGCGUGAGAAGCAUCCAACAGUGUGUCCCACAGCCUUUCUUAACAUGGAAGCCUUAGAAAAACUGGACCGAUGAGUGUUACGUACAUCAGUGAUUAAUAAAACAGACAGGUGUGUAGGGCCGUGAUCCGCAGAAACAGGCUGCACUUCGGUCAGACCACAUGUCAGCGGCUGAGUCCUGAUGAAUAAUGUCAGUUUCAGGACUGGACUCACUUCUCCAACAACACCACAGCAACAGCUCUGCCUGCUCUCUGGGUAAAUGUGAAUAAGAUGUCACGUUUGGCAGGUUGUUGGCUCCCCACGCACCUGUUUCUCAUUAGAUAAGUAAAGUAUUACUGAUAAGUCACUACCUCUGCAGCAUACAAAUUUUAAUACAUAAUUCAGUGCAUGCUCCAUUAAACUGCAGGCCUAACUGUUACAAAUCAUGCCUAUCUUAAAUACAAAUUGGAGGGGAAAAAAACAAAAACAUCAGCGAUGUAUUAAAGCAGUCAGGGAGGCUGACAUCAUGUGAACUUGUUAUCAUUGGAAUACGCCUGUCGGACAGCCUGCUUUGAACAUAAUAUACAAAUAUGUGAAACUGUGCUUAGGAACCUGCAUGUCUGUAAAUUUAGCUAUAGCUUACAGUGUUUCCCCUAUAGUAAUUCAGCAGUAGUGGACAAUAAAUUAAUCAAUUAAAAUUAAUUGAAAUUCAAAUGAACACCGGUUCUAAUCCUUGCAAUUUGUGAUAUAAUCUAAUAAGUGAUCAAAAUUCGAUGGCACCUCGAUACCUCCGCUAACGCUAUGCAAUGAAGAUUUCUGAGUGUUUGAAUAAUGGAGGUGGUGCCUCUAUACUUUACUGAGUCGGAUACAAAAGUAUCUGAAGUGUCAUUGUGUUACAGUGUAUCCUUUCAGAAAUUAUUACUAUUAUGUGCUGUCACGCCUCCCUUUUGCCAAUUACCCAUGCCCCAUUAGCAGCCUUUGUACAAAGUGUAUUGCAGUCCGCAUCUAUUUGAGUUAUUCUGCUAACGGGAUGCAAAGGGACUAAGGCGAGUAUGAAACGCUGGCCGAAGUAACUUUUUGCAGCUACACAGGCUAAAAUGAAGGAAACACUGCUGCUAUAGCUGAUUUCACAUCUGCAGUCUUGUGAUCUUGAUAAUGAUGUGUGUUUUUGUACUUUCCGCUGUACGCACUGGUUUGGUAAUGGGAUUCAGGAUUCAUCAAACUACUUAUGAAAAGGCACUGAGCCUUCGGGGCCUCAUCCUGGUUUACACUACUGCGCUUUGUCAUUGUAACAGAGUGGGUUUUCAUUUGUUUUAGAUGAGCACGGCAUGUUUCGGGUUGCAUUAAAAUUCAGGACACAACAUGGCCUGUUUCCACACAGACAGUUAAGAUGAGCGUGAAUUAUCCCGAGCUUGGAUUAACAUAAAUAUAUGCUUUUGUAGAGUCAACCUUGGUCCGUGUCUGCAGCCCUCAUAUCUCCGACUGGCCCCCUACACCAACAGCCUUGUUCAUUUCCCUGUACAGUUUUACUUUAACCGCGAUAUUGCUUUGACAUGCUAUUCUUCUUGUUAGUUUUAAUGCACUUUUAUAAGGGACCCAAAUUUUAUUGUGCCAUUUCCACGUAGAAAUGAGCCAUUACCAGUUUCCUUUUUCUAAACUGAUAUAUUGGACACUGCCAUCCAUGCUGCGUCGUAGCAGAGACUUGCGGCCUCACAGGCAGGUUUCAUUACACUGGAGCUGUUAGUCCACUGUCACCCAGCACCACGGCACAUAGCAGGCUGACUAUAUGGCACCGGGCUUAGUUUCUUUGCAUUUCAUAGUUUAUCAAAAGAGUGGCUUUGGAGAGAAAGUUAGGUUUAAAAAUAAAAAAAGGUACUUUAAUAGACUUGUGUGUUUUCUAACAAGGAUCUACAAGGGCAAUGACAUCAACCUGAGCGACUGUGUCCGCAUAAAUACAUAGACUAGAACCUAAAUGUUUUUCAAAUAAAUUGUUUUCCACA